AUGACAACCAUGGAAUCAUUAGCAUUGCCCCAGGAUCUGUAUUGGGAAGGCAAAAUGGAACCAAUUUCGCCUCCCAAUGACGAGCUACUUCCCGUAUGUGAAGAUCUUAGUGAGAAUUGGCUCGCCCCUGAUGAACAUUUUGAAAACGACAUGAUGAUAUUUCCCUAUCAAAUUGACUUUGAAUUAAAACAUCAUGAUGUCGACUUGGUCGAAGCAUUGUCAGAUGAUGAAGAUUUAAUAAUGGAGUUUUACGGUUUAAAAGAAGAAAACUUUUCUUCGCCAACUUCUUUAUGGGAUAAUUCAAUCGAAAGCCCUGUCGUCAAUCCCACUCAGGUACACUCAGCUGCUUCGUCGCCAAUACCAACAUCGUCAUCGUCAACCAAUUUGGAUGCGGUGACAACAGUCAAUCAAAUACCAAUAGGCAUAUAUGAUGUUUUACAGCAAAAUCAUUUGAGUGGUUCCGAACUAACUUCACCAGUUCCGCAAACACAACAAUUUGCAUUUGCUAACUGGAAUAACAGUUCGCCCAAUCACCAAGGAACUGCAACAACAGAUGCAAGCUCUGAGGAUGACAUUGAAUUCAAUACACAACCAAUUGAUGACAUUAUGAAAUCGGCUCUCCACUUAGACUACACCGACGACGAAUGUCUACCAUAUUCAGGCAGUUGUUCGCCACUGCAACAACUGUCAGCCGAUACAUCGUCACCAUUACCGGCCAAAAAAAGAACUCGCCUCUAUGGCCGCGGUGUUGAGGAUCGCAAGAGCAGGAAGAAGGAACUGAAUAAGAAUGCGGCCACUCGUUAUUGUCAAAAGAAGAAUUUGGAAAUGGAACAAAUUCUCAUGGAAGAACAAGAAUUGACAAAGUCAGUUGGCUGA